UAGACACGGUCAUUAGAUAUCUGAGCAACUGAACUUGUGUGCAAAAUGAAUGAAAACCAAAGUGAUUGGAGUUUAGAAGUGAGCGUUGCGGAUUAUGAUGGCGUUAACGCGACCAUCUACGGAUGGCCACAAUUGGGACAGGAUUUUAAGCCCAGGAACGAGAUACUAGACGAGAUACGUAAAAGCUUUUUUAAAUACCAUGAGCCCAUUUCGUCCACUUUGAUCUCCCUCUACGCCAUUAUCUUUACUCUGGGGUUUAUUGGAAAUGUGCUCGUAAUAUACGUUUUUAUCAAAAACCCCAGGAUGCGAACGGUAACAAACUGUUUCCUGGUGAAUUUAUCGCUUUGUGAUUUGAUGGUUGUUUGUAUCUGUAUGCCAUUUGCUGUUGCCAUGGAGAUAUACAGCAAUUGGAUUUAUGGAAAUGCUAUGUGCAAAAUUGUGAAUUUCUGCCAGGGGAUAUCAGUGUCCGCAAGCAUCUUAACUAUUACUGUUAUAAGUGGCGAGCGUUUCUAUGCUAUUGCCAAACCCCUAAAGGCUAGAGUUAUUUUGUCAAGAACCCGAAUGCGACGAUUAAUAAUCCUUAUAUGGGGCUUAGCCGUUUUGGUUGCCCUUCCCCAGAUUUUCGUCCGUCAAGAAAUCGAGCACAUGGAGAUAUUGACCGUCAGAUUAAUGGCAUGCACAGAGAAUUGGACAAGCGAUAUCGGAAAGAAUAUUUAUUCACUGGCAAUCUUCGUAUUCCUAUAUCUGAUACCAUUGGCAUUAAUAUUUUCAGGCUAUUUACAUAUCGGAUGUAAGCUAUGGUAUGCUGAUACGACAAUUGAAUCAGAUUUAAUUACAAGAAGGGCAAAACGAAAACUAGAAGGGCGCAGAAGGACUUCAAAGCUUUUAGUUGUCAUAGCAACGCUGUUCGGAGUGUCUUGGUUACCAAUGCAUAUUCUCAGUAUUGUGCUUGAUUUCACAGAUAUGGAAAUUCCGAAUAAGGCAGCGUUCAUGCAUGCCUUCAAAUAUGCAAUCUGGUUUGGUCACUUCAAUUCUUCUCUGAACCCCCUCUGUUACUGGAUAAUGAGCCAGAGCUUUAGAAACGCCCUUGUGUCACAAUGGUACUGUCUGUUCAAAGGCGCUUCUCAACGCACUUUGAAUAUCAAUGCUUCGCAACAAUACCUUAAAGAUGCUUCCCAAUGUACAAACGGUAGUCUAAGCUCACAUCGUGCAACCAUUGAAAGAAAUAAGAGAUACCACGCCUCGACUUUACGUCGAAUGCACUCUAUCGUAAAUGGUAAUUCGGAAUUAAUAGUCUUCAAAGGGACCCCUUGCUCUAUAGUGAUCACAGAGGCCAGCCCUAGCGAUGGAGACAUUUCACUUAGUGAACUCGAUAUAGGUGCCGACCAGUGUGUCAGUCCAUCGUUGCUCUGUCCAGACCAAGACAGCACAUACCUAGAAAGACUAAGAGAUCAAUCAAGACCAAGUUCCCCUUCAUCAGACGAGAUAGAAGUGGAAUCGGGAUUGUUCUAACUUAAAAUAAUCCAAUUCCUAUAUCUCAUUAUAUCAAAAUAUACACUAUAAAUAUAAGAGCUUGAGCCUUUUAAUAAUAUAGCCUUUUAUGCGUGUCUAUGACGCAUCUUGUAAUUUUCGAACGCCAUGCCGCUUUCCUGCAAGCAAAUAUUUUAGGAAUGACGCUUUGUAUCCAAAUUUUAUAUGGCUAUAUUCGGAAAAACCAAGAAAGAAAUAUACAUUGUAAGUCACUGUCUAAACGAAAACAUUGCC